AUGGCGGGACUCGUAGUUGACGCGGAGUACCUUAAGGAGGUCGACAAGGCUCGCCGUGAGCUCCGAGCUCUCAUCGCUAAGAAGAAUUGCGCUCCGAUCAUGCUCCGAUUGGCAUGGCAUGAUGCUGGUACUUAUGAUGCGGAGACGAAGACAGGUGGACCUAACGGAUCGAUUAGGAACGAAGCUGAGUAUAGUCAUGGUGCCAAUAGUGGUUUGAAGAUAGCGCUCGAUCUCUGUGAGGACGUGAAAGCCAAACAUCCCAAAAUCACUUAUGCGGACCUAUACCAGCUUGCCGGUGUGGUAGCUGUUGAAGUAACUGGUGGACCUGACAUCAGUUUUGUCCCUGGCAGAAAGGAUUCAGAUGCCUGCACUAACGAAGGAAGACUUCCUGAUGCUAAUCAAGGUCACAAACAUCUCAAAGAUGUCUUCUACCGAAUGGGACUGUCUGAUAAAGAUAUUGUGGCACUCUCAGGAGCUCAUACUCUGGGAAGGGCUCAUCCAGAGAGAUCAGGUUUCGAUGGACCAUGGACUCAAGAUCCUCUUAAGUUUGAUAACUCCUACUUCGUGGAAUUGCUGAAAGAAGAAGAAUCUGAGGGCUUGCUGAAACUUUCGACGGACAAGACUUUGUUGGAAGCCCCGGAGUUCCGUCAAUACGUUGAGCUUUACGCAAAGGACGAAGAUGCAUUCUUCAAGGACUAUGCAGAGUCACACAAGAAACUUUCAGAGCUCGGGUUCACACCAGCGUUUUCAGUCACUAAGGCCAUAGCAGAGAGCACCGUGAUGGCACACAGUGCGGUCGGGGUCGGGGUCGCAGUCGCUGCUGCUGUAGUGGCCUUGAGCUACUUCUAUGAAAUUCGCAAGAAGAUGAAGUAA